AUGCCAGGAAAAUUUGCAAUCAAGGAUUUGGUAUGUGCUCUGCAGGUUCUUCAUUGCUUGCAACAUUUGAACGGUGAGGGUGGUGAGAAUUUCUUUGUCGAUGGCCUGCACUGUGCUCUGGAAUUGAAGCGAAGAAAUCCCAAAGCCUUUGAAUUGCUGACACGAGUCCAUUUGCCAGCUGAAUACAUUGAAGAGGGCCAACAUCACACGCAUUCGGCACCAAUGAUACGUUUGGAUCCCGUGACACAAGAAAUUAUUCAAUUACGUCUGAAUGUUUAUGAUCGCGCCGUAUUCAAUACCAUACCCCAAGAGGAGAUGUUCGAAUUCUAUGAAGCAUUUUGUGAAUUUUUAGAAAUUGUACAAAGUCCCGAUAAUCAAUGGCGUUUUAAGUUAUAUCCGGGUACGAUUGUGGUUUUCGACAAUUGGCGUGUUUAUCAUGGCCGUUAUUCGUAUACUGGUUCAAGGACAAUGACUGGAUGUUAUAUACAGAGAACUGAUUUUCUAAGCAAGGCUAGAAUAUUGGGAAUUAUUGAUUGA